GUAUGUGAUAGGAAGCAUUUAAGAUCACAGCUGGUGCGCCCAAAAGGGGAUGCAAUGUUGUAUGAUUCAAGACAAUUGUAUAUAUUAAGUCAUUUAUCGAUAAAGCUCCAUAGAGCUGCGAAGAUCACUAGUGAAAUAGUGAGAGAUAGUGAAAGAAUCAACUACAAACCGAAAGAGCGAAAGACUGAGAACGUAAGCGAAGAUGCGUCUCUCUGUUGCUAUGAUGGUUACGUUGGCUGUGCUCUAUCUGUCCGAUGGAGCACUCUCUUCCGACGUACGUGUAUGUCGUAACAAAUGCAAGCAGGAUGUGAUGGUUAUAGCCAAUAGUCGGACAAAACGAGUCAAAGAAAGGGAAUGUGUUAGAAACUGCGAAGAGGAGUUAAGGAAGAAAGCGUGUGAGUCCGUGAGUAGUGAUAUGUGCGAUAAGGAGAUAGGAAAAAGGAGUUGCAUGAGAAACUGUAUCAGAAAUGAACUUAGCGAAUACAGUUAUCAAGAAAAAAGGUUGCUAAAAAGAAAAGUCCGGGAUGAAUGCAACUGUUGUUGUUCGACCACAACUGCUAAAAAGGACAGAGGAAGCCUGCUGAGAAGGUUCUAAAAAGGAUCAAAUUCAAUUCACUUUCAACAACAAUCAUAGGAAACCAGAUUGAUUAAAGACAGUUGAUUCUAAUUAAAGCACAAUAUAAUCUAUAUUAGAUCAAUUCCACUAUAUAACCAUCAACAUACUAACAGGACCACCUGAGAAAUAAUAGGACUACAUAUUCAAUUCCAAAUUAUUUCCAAAUUUUCCUAAAUACCAGAAAAUCACAUAUUUGGUGAGUGGAGUAAAGAAAAUCCCCCAAAAUUAAUUUAAUGAUGGUAUAGUAAUGAUUUAAUCAAAUAAUAAUAAUUAUUUUAAUUAGAACAACUA